AUGGCGAUGCCUACAGCAAAUCCAUCUCAAACUAUUGAUUUGGACAAACAUGAAGAUGGUAAUGUUCAAAAGAAAAAGAAAAGGAAAGUUGGAGAAGUUGGUGAUUCUAAUGAUGGAGAUUCAGGUAAACAAAAACCUUGUAGGCCUAAAUCUUGGGUUUGGGAUCAUUUUACAAGAGACACUUCGGGUACUCGUGCUAAGUGUAAUUGGUGUACGAAGUCGUAUGCUGCUGAUUCACACAAAAAUGGAACCACCAAUUUAAAUAACCAUUUGUUGCAUCAAUGUAAAAAAAUUCCCACGAGUGUUCUUGAUCCUACUCAAACCACUCUUAGCCUUCAAGAAGGCGGUAAAGCAACUAGUAAUAAUACACUUGUUGGUAUCCAUUUUGAUGUUGAAUUAUGUAGACAAGCCUUAGCUAGAAUGAUAAUUGUGGAUGAGUUGCCUUUUUCGUUUGUUGAAAAUGAAGGAUUUCGUUAUUUUAUGAGUGUUACACAACCUAGGCUCCCACUUCCGGGAAGGAUUUCAAUUAUUGAAAAGUGUUUGGAGGGUUGGAUGAUAGAUAAGGUUUUCACCAUCACAGUUGAUAAUGCUGCUUCAAAUGAUGUUGUGAGGCAAACAUUAAACAAAAUGUUUGAAAGCUAUAGUCUUUUCUUAAAUUUUGACAUCUUGAAUUGGUGGAAGGUAAAUUCCACCAAAUACCCUACUCUUGGUAUAAUGGCUAGAGAUAUCUUGGCUAUGCCAAUAUCUACUGUUGCUUCGGAGUCUGCUUUUAGCACCGGGGGUAGAGUUCUUAGUUGUUAUAGGAGCUCUCUUACACCAAACACUGUUGAAGCUUUGAUAUGUGCACAAAAUUGGUUAAGAUCUUCCCCUUUGAAAGUGGAUAUUGAAGAGCACUUGGAAGACUUGGAGAAGCUCGAACAAGAAAUGGCUCCGAUCCCGCAACUAAAUGAAGGAUUUUCUGAUAUUGAAUCUGAUUAG